AUAAGAGAGAAUCAAUCACUUCACAUAAAUUUUUUUCUACAACAUCCUUUCACAUAUUUAACCACGAGGUUCAUUUUAUUCAAUAUCAAGUUGUUUUUUUAUAACUCCAUUUUAAUGAAUACAUAUAUGAAUGCAAUAAUCUAUAUAGUCUUAUUACUAAUACAAUCACUCUAACACAUACCAUUUUGUUUUUCAUAAACUAUCCAGGCUAUACUAUAUGGUUACAUUUCAAGUCAUAUGAUCAUCAGUAACCACCACCACCACCAACAACAAACAUACUCAAAUGUAUCCAUUUGAGUAUUUUUAGCAAUAAAUGGUGUAUAUAUAUAUAUAUAUAUAGAGAGAGAGAGAGAAUAAGAGAACGAGAAAACCUAAUAUGGUUACUGUAUAAAUUUCUCUCCCGUUUUUCUUAAUUAUUCAUUAUAAUACAAAAUUAAUUAUUCAUUAAUUAAAUUUAAUUUAAUUAUGAAAUCAUCAUUACAUAAUCAAUCUACACAAGUCAAUGAAUUAUUAUCAUAUUGCUUAAUUGAUUCACAAUCACAUACUAUUACUACUACUAAUACUACUACUACUACUACUAAUACUAAUACUACUGAUAUAGAUGAUCCUUUAAUUGAUAUAAAUACAAUACAAUUAACAAAUAAUAAAUUAUUAGAUCAUUUAAUUAAACAAACAUUUUUAUGUUCAAUAUGUCAUAAUUUAUUAGUAAAUACACGUUUAUUAAUAUGUGGACAUCAAUUUUGUCGUGAAUGUUUAUAUUACUGGUUUAAAAUAAGUAAUAAAUGUCCAUUAUGUAGAAAAUCUAUUAAUUAUCAUUGUAUUAUAUCAGCUAUAAAUAUUGAUAAUUUUUUAGAUGAAUUAAUUAAUAAUGGAUGUAAUGAUCUAUUGAAAAAUCAACGUAUACAACGUAAAAAUGAAAAAUUAAGUAAAUUAUUAGAUGAUUAUAAAUAUGAUACAAUGAAUACAAGAGAUAUAUCAAAUACAGUAACAGAAACUUAUGUACAAACUACAGCAUAUGUUGAUAGUACACAAAGUAACGUGAUGAUGAAUAGAACAACUUACUACUCAAAUAUGAAUGAAUAA